CUGCUUUUCUAUUUCUAGAUAUUGAUUGCAUAAAAUAUUUGAAAUAUUCUAAAAAUAAUAAAAAUAUUUUAAAUAGAUUAUGUUAAUAUUAUGGAUUAUUAAUCAGCUUUAUUAUUACUAAUCAGAUUAUUAUUAUUAUUAAUAUAAAAUUAUUAAUCAUUUCAGCCCCAAGUCCAGAUGCGCCUAUGUUUGUACCAGGAGUCAAUCUAAACAAAUACAAUUCAAGUAUCAACAUUGUUUCAAAUGCAUCGUGCACAACAAAUGCCUUGGCACCGUUGGCCAAAGUUAUUCACGAGAAUUUUGAUAUUGUUGAAGGUUUGAUGACUACUAUUCACUCAGUAACAUCUUCUCAGAAAACAGUCGAUGGUUAUUCCAAAAAGAGAAGGAGUGCACGUGGAGCUUUGCAAAACAUAAUACCGGCUUCAACCGGAGCUGCAAAAGCUGUUGGCAAAGUUAUACCAAGCCUUGAAGGACGUAUCACUGGAAUGGCAUUCCGCGUACCUCUGCACGUUUCAGUUGUUGAUUUUACUGUUAAACUGCGCAAAGAAACGUCAAUAGAUGACAUCAAAGCUGCUGUCAAGACGCCUCUGAAGGAUGCUGAAAGCAUACUGGGCUACACAGAAGAUGAAGUCGUCUCAUCAGACUUCAACGGCGAUACAAGGUCUUCCAUAUUUGACGCUAAAGCUAGUAUGUCCCUAAAUCCUAAAUUUUUCAUGCUGAUAACUUGGUAUGAUAAUGAGUAUGGUUAUUCUUGUAGAAUCAUUGAUCUCAUUAAGCACAUGCAAGAUAAAGAAUGUGAUUUGUAA